AUGGAGCUGGAGUCGUCCCUGGAGGCGAGCUUCACGGCCAGCGGCGGGGGCGCGGGGCUCCUCCCAACCCGUUCACGAAUCUUUAAGAUCAUCGUGAUCGGGGAUUCUAACGUGGGCAAGACGUGCCUGACGUACCGCUUCUGCGCCGGCCGCUUUCCCGACCGCACUGAAGCCACCAUCGGCGUUGACUUCCGUGAGCGCGCUGUGGACAUUGACGGCGAGCGCAUCAAGAUACAGUUAUGGGACACAGCAGGGCAAGAACGGUUCAGAAAGAGCAUGGUACAACACUACUAUAGGAAUGUACAUGCUGUUGUAUUUGUAUAUGAUAUGACCAAUAUGGCCAGUUUUCACAGCCUACCAUCAUGGAUAGAAGAAUGCAAACAACAUUUGCUUGCUAGUGAUAUACCAAGGAUUCUGGUUGGAAAUAAAUGUGACUUGAGAAGUGCCAUUCAAGUUCCUACAGAUGUGGCCCAAAAAUUUGCUGACACACACUCUAUGCCACUGUUUGAAACCUCUGCUAAAAAUCCCAAUGAUAAUGACCAUGUGGAAGCUAUAUUCAUGACCUUAGCUCAUAAGCUCAAGAGCCACAAACCCCUAAUGCUUAGUCAACCACCUGAUAAUGGCAUUGUUUUGAAGCCUGAACCAAAACCUACAAUGAGUUGUUGGUGUUAAAUAACAGUGUUUCAAAGGUUAGUCUCACUGUGACUUAUUGAAAAGAUACUUUUUAAGUAUACAGUAAGUCCCAAAUUUUAGUCCCAAGUAUACUAGAUCAUCUUAGCACUUUAAUGUUUAUCUUGUAAAUGAAAGUCAAGUCAUUCAUUCAUUCAUUUCUUUGCACCUUGUAUCCAACAUAAUGAAGUUUUGUCACUUUGGUUGCACAGAGAAGAAGGGGGGGGGGGACUUUUGGGUAGAGUUUUGAAGUUGAACAAGGAGAAUUAAUCAGUUCCUCUGACUAAUUUUUCAUUUGAAUUACUGUGAUAUGUUUUCAUUAUAGAAUUGAAAAAAAACAAAGCCAGAAGGAAUAAGAUAAAUAUAAACUUCCUUCUGAGCCAGAAAGGAUAGGAUAGGAAUAGAAGAAAAUGAAGUACUUUUUAGAAUAUACAACUAAAUUAUUUUAAACAGAUCAUUGCCAAGCAGCCAAAGGUUUUAUGAUAUCUAAGGGAAUUAGAGUAACUCUUUUACUGGAAUAUAAUUUAAAUAUGAUAUGUUCUCUCGUCUUAAAAAGGAUGAAGCCCCAGUUUUUGUUUGUUUCUGCACCUUACUGGAUUUUUAAAAAUCUUUUUAAACAUUAUAUCAACUUAUCUGUGAUUUUUGUCAAUGAGGAAACUCCUUCCACUUAUAUAGAUUGCAGGCUGUCUGUAACUUAUAAAGCACAUUGCUAUCCUAAAUCCUUAUGCUUCAAAAUAGCUUUAUUAUUAAGUUUAAAAAAUUCUAUUAUUUGUAUUAUUAAAUAAUAUUUUAGAGCCAAGGGUUUGGUAGCAAAAAUUGUGGAAGGAAAGGAAUGUGCCUAGGAUUCCCAUCUAGGCUUGAUGUCAUAAAGGAUAUGAAUCUUUCAAUAUUACAUGACCACUUGGUGCCUCAGCCAUUGUAGAUCAAUUUUAUAAGAAAAUUUUAAAAUACAAGUAUUAUUUUAAUUAUGGAGCUAGAAAAAUUAUUUUAAGUAGAUAUUGCGGUAGAUCAAUUUUAAACAUCACUGUACAAUGAAUUUUUUUAUUUAUUUUUUUUUUUUGGUUAGGCUGUUUUCUCAUCUGGCCAGCAUAAAAAGGAAAAUCUAGUUGAACGUUUUUGUAGUGCAUGUAAGGGGCUAUGUGUAAUUGAAGAGAAAAAGGCUAAAUCUGAAAUCUAGCUACCACAGGAAGAUCUAUGCUUUAGCUGGUUGUGAUUUUCAAGUUUGUCUUUUAAAAUAUUCUCUCCUCCCAAAAACUUCAAUUUAAUAACUGAAGACUUCUUUAUGAACACUUCUAAUGAAACCAUCAAUUGCCAAUUUAACUAAAGUUCUGUAUUCUGUGAUUCUAAAGUGUACCUACAUAAUAGUACUUUGCUGCAAAUAUAGCAUUUUAAAAGGAAAAAUACUAUCUUUAAAAAUUCAGCUCUGUUUCCGUCUAAGAAAUAAAUUGCUAUUUAGGGAAAAAACCAAACUUGCAUCUUACAGUAGUGAACAGAAUACUUCAAACCUUUUCCCCAUGAAAUAUUUUUAAUUUUACUAUUUUGCAUUUUAAAAAUAACAUAAGUUUGCACACAACUGUUAUGAAAAAGGGAGUUAAGCCAUGGGAUUGAGUUGAAUACAUAAGCUUAAUUUUUAUAUAAUACUGUUCUUGUUGAUGAAUUUCAAGAAUAAAUUAAAUAAAUGGACACAUUGUACUUUUGUUAUGUCCAGGUCACGUGGAAGAGAAAUAUUCAGCCAAGUUUAGGACUUUUUACAAAUUUAUUGUGGUGAUUUUGUGAGGAUUAUUUAAUUAUAGAAGCAAGAUAAUCUAUUAACUGAAGUAAGAAAAAGAGUGACAAGAAGUAAUUAUUCCAUUUUUUAAUUACUAUGGCUUAAGGGAAAAUAAAUUGACUUUAUUCUUGUUUAGGAAGAAAAAUCAAUUUUCCUUAAUCCUACUAGAUAAAAGAUUGUUUGUUUCCUCCUAAAUUGAAAAUUGUCAUUGUUUUUGUAAUGCUAUGAUAACAAUUAUUUGGGUAAUAAUUUUUAAAGGGAACUAUACUUCUUAUUGCCUUCUUUUUUUUUUAAAACAUGGGGCAACAAAGUUGGAAGAAUUGGUUUACAAACUUUCUAAGGACAUUCUAUGUUUUUCCAACUAUUAUUGAUGGUUUUUAAUGUAUUUUAACUAGUUUCUUGAAUUAAGAAGUUACAAAUAUACUUUAAUUCCAUUAAAGGAUUUAUUUUUGACAGCAUAUAUUCAUUUCAAAAUAAUCUUGUUUGUAUCGAUUUUUAAAAUUUUUUUAUUUUUGUUUUUUAUAUUAAAAAAUAUCACUUAUCAUUUCAAUUGGGGUAAAGCUUUCUGACAUUAGCCAAAAGAACUCUUAUGAAAGCAUUUCUUUGAAUGUUGGGACAUGGCUUUUCAUGAAUCAUUAACCAUGAUGUAUUAAAAACUUGUAAGCACAGACCCUACAUCUUGUGAAUUUACAGUUUAUCGUUGUUUUAACUAUAUUCUGUAGUUUCUGAUUUCAAAUGUUUUCAAAUAGUUGGUCUUCAGGGAAGUUUCAGUAUGGGACAUUAAUCCAGAAUCUAAUAAUAAAGUUGGUCAGUGACAAUGUUUUACUCAGAAGCAUUUUCUGUGUAUCUUUCUCCCAACAAACCAAAACUAAAGUCAACUAUUUUUGUUUUAAAAUAAUAUCACUGCCAUUCCCAUCCCCUCUCCUUAUUCCCUCUGCUCCUCAAGCCUAAUAAACUAGCUUUGUCACAAAAAAA